GGUCCAUCGACGACGAACGACUUCAACCACCACCCGCCGAGACAAAGUCGACGACAACCUCCCCUGCCGCCCAGGGCCUCCAAUUCCUCUUCCUCGGCCUCGACAACGCUCCCUCGUCGCAGCGCCUCCUUCACAAUGGCCAAGCUCCCAGUCACGCCGGCGACUCUCUCGCCCAUCCGCACAACCCUCUCAUCAUCAACCCCAUCACCAACACGCUUCUCUCUCGGCCAAGUCCGUCAUGCCACCUUUAUCCCCCGUCCUCGCCGACCAUACACCUUCACCCAGCUCGUCACCCUCUCCGAUGGCUCCGCCUACACCAUGCGCACCACCUCUCCCCUCCCAAUCUACCGAGCCGCAAAGGAUACCCGAAACACACUCCUGUGGCAGCCCUCCGAAAAGUCUCUUAAGAACGUCGAGCUGGAUGAGGCCGGUAAGCUGGCUGCUUUCCGAGAGCGCUUCGGUCGCGCAUACGACAGUGGUACUGGCGAGGGCGACGAGGCGGAUGCAGAUGCCGGUUAUGCGGAUCUUAUCACAGGGUAUGCGCCAGCGCAAGAUGCUGGAGCCAUGAAGGACUCUGGGCCCAAGAAGCAGGCCAAGAAGAGAAAGUAA